AUGGAUUGGUCAGAAGUGGUUGAUGCAACGGGCAAGCCCCCAAGUGGUGUUUUCCAAGGGACAAGUAUGUCCCUGGGUGACUUCGACGAGUGUUUAGAUGUUCGAGUCGGGCGAAAAGGAAGAGGUCCCACCUACGCGGAAGAAGAAUUCUUCCAUGGAAAAUACUGCACAGUAGAAUGCAAACUGCCUAAAGGAAUAACAGAUGCCAUUGAUGAAUAUGAAAAUGCCGAGCCAUUCUUGAGGACGAAUACCUCUAUUGGUAGAUCGCAGACGUUUCUAAAUAUGUUACUCAAAUAUGGACAGUACAUGAAAAUAGCAGCUUUUCGAUUCGGAGUUUGCAUCCCAUCAACCUGUGGUGUUGACGAUUUGUCAAGCAUAGUCAGCACUAUCUCCAAACAAAUAGGAUUUCCAUUAAAUGUACUUCAUUGCCAAGAAAAGAUGAAAGUUGAAUUUCGAAUGGAGCAAAUGGUCAUUAUAAUAGUUCUAGUAUCAAUCGUUCUUGUUGUUCUGUUCUGCACUGCGGCGGAAAUAUUGCUCAAAAGAAUGCCAGCCAAUCCCACAUCAAAAAUUCGAAACGCCAUAGGGCAUGUGUGUGAUCAUAUCUCCGCGAUCAGGAGUACAGAACGAUUGAUGCAAGUUAGUACAGACGAUCAUCCGUUUCCUAUUCUACGAGGACUGUUCCUCCUGACGAUAGUCCUGAAUAUACUUGGACAUACCUAUCUCAUGUAUAAUCAUCUAUUUUUCUUUAAAUAUAGUAGUGUAGUCAACUAUUACGAAUAUAUGCAGCAGUUUUCAUUUACAAUCAUAGCAAAUGGAUCAAAUGGUGUUGAAAACUAUUUUUUCAUUGCGGGCUUUCUAACAACUUAUAUUCGUUGGAAAAAUAUUGUGAAAAAGCCUGAAAUGAAUAUUUCGAAAUUGUUAUUGAAACCAUACAUUCGGAUGACUUUCUUCCAGCUUCUGGCCAUAGCGUUGUUUUUAUUAUUGCCACUGAUUGGCUACGGUCCGUUUUGGAAUGACUUCGUUGGUCCAUACUUGCAGAACUGCCGCGAGAGAUGGUGGCCAAAUCUGUUUUACGUGCAAAACUACUGGGCUUCAGAAGAUGCGUGUCUCUACCACACGUGGCUAAUGGCGGCUGUAAUGCAAUUAUAUGUCAUAUCUGUCAUCAUCAUUUGGUUCCUCAUCAAACGGCCAAAUAUUGGCAUCACACUCAUCAUCUUGGUAGUCAUUUGCGGCAUGGCGAUUGUCGGAGGAAUUGUAUUCGUGAAAAAGCUUCCUGGAGCAUUGUCUAUGUAUUUUCUGGACCAAAUCUCUGGGCCAAAAAUGUGGAACUCUUUAUAUAUUCAAACCUUCGAUCACGCUGGGCCGUUUAGCAUAGGUCUUGUGACGGGAUAUGUUGUAGCUAAACAUAAGCACAACUUGAAGUUUAAGACUGUAAGUACAAUGACUCUUUUUUGGUGUAUAGCCCUUGCUUCUGUGCUAGCUGUCAUGUUUGGGCUUUACGAGUAUCGAUAUGGAAACAUCAAAAUGAACUCAUCCCUCGCAAUUUUGUACGCAAUGCUCAACAGGAAUGUCUACACGCUUUUCCUCGCUUGGUUUGUAAUUGCCUGUGUUACAGACAAUGCUGGUUUCCUUCCUAGUCUGCUUUCGUGGAAAGCUUUCAUACCAGCAUACAGACUGAGUUUCUUAGCCUAUCUGCUGCAUCUUAUAGUUAUCUAUUAUCAUAUUGGGAUACUCAGGGAAAGGGUGUACUUGAGUCAUGAGGAAAACAUUAUCAACUAUUUCGGUUAUCUGGUCACAUCAUUCCUCCUAGCUUACAUUUGCUACAUUUUCUUCCAAGUGCCGUAUCAGUAUUUCGAGUCGCUGGUCUUGAGGAAGAGCUCUCAAGCGAAACAUAUCAGCACGCCGGACGUUGAGAAAAACUUAAAAUACAAGUUCAACGACGUCAACAACUUGUCCUUGUCCUCUAAGUCGCUGAAGCAGCCCAUGCAAACUUUAGCCGCAUCAGCCAAGAAAGAUGGAUCAAUCUUGGACGGGAUAUCUCAUAAUGGUGCCAUUUUGAAUCGAAUAUCUAAGACUACGCAAAAAUUUUAGGCCUUUUUUAAAUUUAUAUAUUUACGUUGGAAGAAGCCGGAUGACUCAAAAAGGUUGUGGAAUGACUAAGGACGUGUGCUUAUCGUUGCUUUGGCGAAUGUAUUCGAAUCACACAGAAAAGAAUAAAUGCUCAUAAAGCCACUAUAUAAGGUGAGCCGACACAUCCGACAUUUUGGUUCUGAAAUUCUAGGGGGACAAAAUUUGUGUUUGUACAAAAGCCUCGUUGCAGAAAACUGGUUCCCAAGCUUUGGAUGUGUUGCCUGACUGAUGUUUGGUUAUUUUAUUUUGUAAUUGAAGAAGAUUUAAUUAAUGCCAAUAACAGGUGAAAUGAGGUUCAUUACAAGCAAGCAUUUCCCGAUACAUUUUUGUUGACUUUGUGAACUAAAGUUAUCUUUCUAUAUUUACUUUGAGUGUUAUUUUACUCAACUGAUCAUCAAUUGUUUUACGACAUAGCUACCAGCAAAUAUUACAACGUAUUUAUAAAAACUAGGAACAAGGUUGGAUCCAAAGCUGUCUUGGAACCGAAAUGUCGGAUCAGUUGGCUUGUCUUUUUCAAGGGGUUCUCGGUGCUCAGUUACGUUAGCUCAAUGUGUGAAGCCGAUUUGUUUUUCUGCUGUGCUUCAGAAAUUGUGAAAAAAAGAGAAUUUUCAUACAAGUAUGUGCAAUUCAUAUGCCAUUAUAUAAAUGUCAAGAAGUUUAUACAGUUAUAUUGUAAAGUAGAUACAAAUAUUUUUAUCAAAUUGAAAGUGCAAAAACGUUUAUGCAAAACCUGAUUUUUACAGAUUUUUUUUUUAUCCAAGCUAGAUUGAUAAGCUCCCAAACCUAGCCGAAAUGCAACCUGAGAAAUUAACGAAUGUCUAACUGACCAUUUAACUAUUUUUCUCAUGCUCAACAUUAAAUUAAUCAUAUUAAAACUAUGCAGGGACGUUUUCUUAAAAAUAACGUUACUG